UCUGAUUAGGAGCCUGUCUGAGGCGGAGGCUGGUGGGCAGCGGAGUUUCCUCUCAGCCGAGCACCCUCCAUGUCCGCCGCCAGCUGUUGCCGACACCCCCCGUCGCAGGGGCAGACGCUGAGCAGGGACAUCCCCGGCCUUGCCAAGCGGCUCAGCCUCCCCGAUGGGGUCCCGCUCCCUCCCGGAGACUACAGCACCACGCCGGGCGGGACGGUCUUCGGGACGACGCCCGGGGGUACACGAAUCAUUUACGACCGUAAUUUUUUGAUGGAGUGUCGCAAUUCUCCAGUUGCCAAAACACCACCCUGUGAUCUUCCUGACAUUCCAGGCGUUACUAGUCCGAGUGCAAAGGAACUCGGAUCUGAGACCAAUCAUGCCCACAAAGAGGAGGAGAAACCUGGCAUAGGUGACGAAGCCCAGUUUGACAUGGAUAUCUAAAGCUUCUGUCCUAAGAAUAUUGGGGGGGGGAUCCCACUCCAGUGGAGACGCAGAAUCAGCCGUGCUUCCAAAACAAGUGAGACUUGUAGAAUAGUCCACGCCUUGCAAAGCCUUCUGAGCUGGAAAAUUCACUCAAUUUUUAUUUUUUGACGCGGAAGAGGGGAAGACGAUUUCCUGUUGCGUAAGGAGUGAAAACGGUGGCAGGUUUCUCUGCAUGGGAUAGCAGUGCUGCCAGCGAUGACCAUCAGCAUAAGAGAGUGGAAUGCUUUAACUUCUGUGUCUUGAAUCCCUGUGCCUUUUGUUUGUUCAUCAGUCUCCGUUGCUCUGAAGGCAAGGGACUGAAUGUAAGGAGAGAAAUAAAAUCAUGCUG